GGCUGAGGAUCAUGCGCUUUGUCUAGUGGCCGCCUCCUUGUCCCUCCCUCCAGGCUGACUGCUGGGGGCUGACAGAGCGCUUCUUAGUGUUUGCACCGAGCAGUGCAGUAGCACGUUUAGCUCUGUUAGCAUGGACACACGCUUUUAAAUGUAUAAAUAUUAUAUGCACGAGAUAAAAAGAAACAACUCCUAUCUAUAUGCAUAGGUACACACAGCCACACACGCUGCAUUGGGACACAUUCAACAUUUCCACAGGAGGAUGGCGGCUGUGAGCAGCAGCAGCAACAGCAACCCCAGCUCGGCAUUACAUUCCAGCAGCAGCACUGAGCCCAGCACCAGGAAACGGAUAGACCCGAGGAGGAGGCAGGCGGCACUCAGCUUUCUCACCAACAUCUCUCUGGACGGACGCCUCACUCAGGAUGAGGCUGAGGAGCAGGAGGAUGCGGCCGGGGCGAGUGGGCUCACCAGCAGCAGCAGCGCCGGCGGGGGCGGCACAGCGCCGCUGCCUCUCCGGGCUCCGGGCGGUGCGGCUGCUGGAGCUCCAGCGCUCGCUGCCUCCGCCUCCCCGCUGCCUCCUCCCGAUGAGAACGCGGCGCUGCUCCCUGCCGAGCCCAGGCUCCAGCCGAGCGGAGCCUCUGCAUCGCCUCUCCCCGCCCCGUGUGCUCCUGCAGGCGGCGGUAGCAGCAGGGCAAGGAUCAACUCCUUCACUCAGGGAAUACUGCCUGCUGCCUUCUUAAGGCAGGCAUCAGUCCCCAACUACUACCUGGAGCAGGGACAGAUGGGCAGCAGCACUUUUGAUUUGCAAAGAUCCAGGCGGCGGUUGAUUUCCCAACGUUCUUCGUUAGAAACUCUGGAAGAUAUCGAGGAGAAUGCUCCAUUACGGAGAUGUCGGACUCUAUCGGGUUCACCCAGACCAAAGAGCUUUAAGAAAAUUCACUUUAUCAAAAAUAUGCGACAACAUGACACCAGGAACGGCAGGAUAGUGCUAAUCAGUGGCAAGAGAUCCUUCUGCUCAGUGUUUUCAGUAAUGCCAUAUCGAGACAACAGUCAGACAGGGGAUCUGAAAGCUGAGGGCGGGAGGCAGAGGCAUUCUUCAGGUGGCAUUGGUGUCAAAGAGAUGGUGAUUGGUCUUGAAGGAGUGGAACUUGGUGCUGAUGGCAAGACUGUUUCGUACACUCAGUUUCUUUAUCCAACCAAUGUCCUGGGUGGCAGGAGGAAUACAAUAGAUUCUACAGCUUCAUUAUCCCAGUUUCGGAACAGCAGCCAUCGCAGUCUUCCCCUUGGAAGGGCAAACAGUACCCAAGGAAACAUUGACACUGGCAAUGAAGUAUUGGAGUUUGCGGAAUAUGAUCCAAACCUGCUGGAUGACCCACAGUGGCCAUGUGGAAAACAUAAAAGAGUUCUGAUCUUCCCUUCCUAUAUGACCACAGUAAUUGAAUAUGUCAAGCCAUCCGAUCUGAAAAAGGACAUGAAUGAAACCUUCAGAGAAAAGUUUCCCCAUAUUAAGUUGACCCUCAGUAAGAUAAGAAGUCUGAAACGUGAAAUGCGGAAGCUGGCUCAGGAGGAAUGUGGCCUGGAAGAGCCCACUGUAGCCAUGUCCUUUGUCUAUUUUGAGAAGCUGGCCCUCAAAGGCAAACUGAAUAAACAAAACCGAAAACUCUGCGCCGGUGCCUGCGUUUUGCUCGCUGCCAAAGUAGGCAGUGACCUCCGAAAGCAUGAAGUCAAGCAUCUGAUAGAUAAACUGGAAGAAAAAUUCAGACUUAACAGACGGGAACUGAUAGCAUUUGAGUUUCCAGUGUUAGUGGCCUUGGAAUUUGCUCUUCAUCUUUCUGAAAGCGAGGUACUGCCACACUACAGAAGACUUACCCAGCACUCUUAGCCCAGGCUGUAUAGUAGCUGACGAAGGCCAGGUUCUUGUGGUAAGUAUGUGUACUUCGCUCUCCGAUGGAUCAUCAAGUGCUGCUGCAAGUAAGCUAACUACGAAGAACUUCCAAGAUUGGAAUAGCUUUCUGUAACAUAUGCGUGUACUGAUAAGCCAGUGCAUAAAACAAACAGAUCUAUUUUUAUAUAUCCGCUGAUGGAAAUGCACUUUUGUGGCCCGAAGAUGUAGCGUUGAGGUUUUUCUCAGUCUGUAUUUCUGAACACGGUGUCUAUUUAUUUGGCAUCGACUAUCAAUACUGAACAACAGUUCAAUUGUGUUUUAAUAUAAAGCUGACAAAUUUUGAAGAACAGUUUUGGUUUGUUCUGCCAUUAUAUACUGAAGUAUCAUAUGAGCUGUUUCGUAAGGAAUUUACUUCUGAACACUGAACUUUUUCCAGUAUUACCAAACAGAGUAAAGUUUAAAAAAAAAAUUUGUUAACUUUGUACAUUUGUGUAUGAAGCCAUUUCUUGACCUUGUCCAUAUUACAAUUUUACAAGUGUUUCUGUUGUGGAGCACUACUGAACAAUGAAGAUGAGUAAAACUGCACUCUUUAGUUUCAUUAGCAUGCUCUAUGUUAGAGUUUAUUCUGAGCACAUUUAUUGUGCUUUGUUGGGGUUUUAAUCUUCAAAAAAAACUUUUUGUUGAACCAUUGAUGUAAAACUGGUGUAAAAAUCUGUUGGAUUUUUUUCUCUUCCUUAUCUGGCAUUACUUUUCCAAUGUUUAAUUAUCUUUUGAUAAUGCUUGAAUGGUGAGAUAUUUGAAUGAUGAGCUUUUGCACUGUUAGCUAAUGAAAACAAGCCAUAUUUAUCGGAACAAACAAGCACAAAUUUAGGCCAGUAUCUGUUAUUCUGUUCUAUGAUUUCUGAUGGUGUUUUACAGCAAAGACAUGUAUUGUUCUGUAAAUUACAAAUUGUUUUAGCAAAGUACAGACCUACCAAAACAGAAAUGCUGAAUGUACAAACAUGAUUAAACCAAUUUUCCUGAUGGUAAUUCAGAUUUCUAGUUUUCAAACAAAUUCUAUUUAAAAGUGAAUUUCUUCACAUGCAUUUUUCAUGUUAAUAUACUGUACACCUU